AUGUGCACACAGCUAAACAUCCAUAGAAAACUCCAGGAUGUGCACACAGCUAAACAUCCAUGGGAACAGGUCGCAUCUCCAGGGUUCCCCCAGAACUUCCCAUACAGCCACGCUGCACGACCACCACACCAGCGAAGUCAAUCGCCGAUGCUCAUAUUCACAACUGCAACAUUAAAUUUUGUGAAAUCGCUAUCUGACCACCAGCUCGUUCUGGGACAUCAUAGUGGGCUCUGUGGUGGUUUAUGCCCAGCUGUGGGAAAGUGA